AGCAAGAAAGCCUGGUGGCUUUUACUCGAAGAUUUAAAUGUUUGUCGCAAGCUUUGGUGGAUAGAGGGAUGCUUUCCGAGGUUGACAGGUGCGUGAUGUUCAUGUUGCACCUACCUGAAGAGAAGAGGAAGAAGGUUCUCGAGAGGGCUCCUAGAGACUCGACGAAUUUCGAUAGAGUCGCCAAGGUGGUCUUCAUGAGAGGAGUAGAUGUGCGAGAGUACAUGAAGGAGAGUCUCGACAUGGCGCUCCGGAGUAUGUAUACUCAAAGGAACGACGUACCUCGCGGGAACGAGAGGCAGCCUCCGGUACCUCCCGGCCAACGCUGGGGAGGCGGAACCCCAGGGUGGAGGAACGAACCCAGUAACCAGGGGAACUGGAGGAACGACCGAGAAACUGGAGGAAGUCGGGUCUCGGAAUGGGGGAAUUUCCGUUGGAAGGAUGCGAGGGAUGGAAGGUGGGGAGACCCUCCCCAACCUAGGGCUGCGGGGUCUCGUCCCGAGAUAAGUCAGGCAAGACCGCCGCUGCCGCCUGGUCCUCCAACGACCAUGGUGACGACACCUCUAGUGACCCCUCGUGCAAGCAAUCCACCACCUCGGAGCGGGUGUGUCUACUGCAAUGAGGAAGGACACAUCAAGCGGGAGUGCCCUCAACUUACAGAAGCCCUAAGGUUAGGGGUGGUAAAAUUGAAUGAGAAUAAGUGGGUUGUGUGGGGAGAUGAUGGAGAGGCGGUCUCCUUCUAUCCCUCGAUGAAGAUAAAUGUGGACAAAAGGAUAGCUCUUCAGGAAGCAAGACUGGGAAAGAAACUUGAGGUUGGUGGGACCUCCAACUCGUCCCGCGUCCAAAUGACGGAGGCACCGGGAGGUGUGUCCAUAAGGGAGCCGCAGGUGUCAAGCAUAAAGUUCGUUGAGACCAAGCCCAAAGAAGAGGGACCUUGCCUAAGAGUAAGGACCCAAGUUGGGGCCGGGCCGUCUAAAAGCAAAGAGGUCGCAACAGAAGGCGGAGGGAGAAGGAGUGGUGACGACGACCAACUAAUGGUUGACGCCAAGGUCACGGAAGAGAGGAAGGAGGAAGAGCCCACGUCGCCAAAAUCCCCUAGAAAGAAAGGACCAAAGAAGUUCGAGAUGAAGUGCACCUUGGAUGAAAUAGACACGGUUGCACCCCUGCGAAGGACUCUAAUGCAGCCGAUGCAAUGCACUCUCCUGGAGUAUUUGGCGACCAGCAAGAGCGCUAGGGACGAACUCCUAAGCAUCACCAAGAAGGUGAGAAUUCUGCUCGCAGGAGGGCCUACAGUUUCAGGGGAUGGACCUGCCAAGGAGGAGGUGCAGUCUUCUCGAAUCACGAUGGAAGAACUGCCGGUCAGCUUCUUCUCGGAAGAAGAGAUUAAGAAAUUUUAUGUGCUUGAGAGUGGCCAGCUCCAAACUGUGGUGGGUGGGAAAAAGAUGAGGGCCCUGGUGGACAAUGGGUGUGAAUCUACCGUGUGUAGAGACUCUAUCGCUACGGAAUUAGGGCUGGAGGUGGAUAGAGGAGUAUCCAUGUCCAUGGUCGUUGCGGACAACAAGCUCCAACCGGCGGAAGGGGUGUGUCACAGCCCCUUGAUUGAGGUCGCAGGGGUGGAAGCUACGGUCCUUAUUUUCUCGGUGAAAGAGUGUUCUUCCGAGUUGAUACUUGGGAGAACUUGGCUAAGCGCAGUGCACGCUACCACAGUCGACCUUCCCGAUGGAAGUCAGACCGUCUCGAUCCAAAGUCCGAACGGGAUCCGAGUGGUUCUGAAGACGGUGGAUGCUCAAGAUGAGCGGAAUCGGACUAGUAUUCCAAGGAGGAAGGAAGCAAAGUCACGAGUGUGCCAGGUCCGAUUAGAAGAGUCGCCCUUGACUGACAAAGAACCCACGGGGGACCGGGUGGACGUUGAGGAUGCUGAGGGGCGAAUUAUAAUCAAUGAGGUGGGGUACGAGAAAGAGGAUGACGAGGAAGAAUUCGACGGGUGCGUAAGGCUGUCUUUUUUGGAAGGAUCCCCCUAGCCGGCGGAGUUAUAAAGCAUAAAACCGUGGCAGAAAAAGUAAAGCCCUCUGCAGUCA